UGACAGUCAUCUACUAAUGUUUUUUCAGCAUUUGACUAGUCCGUGUUUUAAAUCAAUCUAUGUAUUAGAAGUUGCUAAGAGAAAGUCAUAGCAGAUUUCCACAGCACCAAAAUACAGUCUUAUGAUUCUUAACACAUUUUUAUUAUAAAUUUGAAUGGGGUAAGAAAACCAUACAGAAAUAUUUCAUUUUCAUGCAAUAAGAAGUCAGCACUAGAAAAUUGGUUACUUGCCCAGUAUGCCAGCGAUAAAACUUGUCCGUAAGUUUCCUUCCUGUGACACAAAUAUCCUUCGCAUUGAGCACAAUGCACAUAUCCCCAUCAUCACGAUUAGGUGCGUAUGUUGGUUUAUCCUUGCCUUGAAUCACAGUAGAUAUUUGAGAUGCUAAGCUCCCAAGGACCUAUAUGACAAGUGACAUUUAUUAUUUAAUCAUGACUUAAAAGAAAAUAAAGUUGGUAGCAAACAUCUGUGCUUUCCGCAUAGAUGGGACAGUUUGUAUCACAUAUUUCCAUCACCAAGUUUUUUGUCAAAACACUUGAAUGAUUCAACCCAUCCUUCAAAAUCUUUCCCUUGUAAUUCGUUAAAAUCUACAACAAUCCUCUAUUCUCAAAUAAUCAUGUCUUCUAUCCCAAUUCACUUACAACCAUUGGAUCAUAUGAAAAUUUUAAAAUGUAAAAAUCUCAAGACAUAUCGAGUGAUUGUGAAUGAAUUGAAAUAGGGAAUAGAAUUAUUUGAGCACAGAGGAUCCUUGCACCGUUAAAACACUAUGCCCUGAGUGGGAUGGUUAUGAACCAAGAACUGGUCGUAAACGGGGACGAAUAAUUGUGGGCCUAUAGCCCACUUAUCAGGAUCGUAAACGGACCGAAUAAUUAUAGGCCUUUGGCCCACUUAUCUGCAUGCCCGUAAUUCGUUAUUACACACCGAACUUCAUCGAAGCAGAUCUCGAGAGAGAGAGGGUUGAUCGGAGAUUCAAAAAUGGCGAACUAUCACUUCGUGUACAAGGACGUGGAAGGAGCUUCGACUCAAUGGGACGAUAUUCAGAGAAAAUUGGGAAACCUCCCUCCGAAGCCCCCUGCAUUCAAGUCCCCAUCUUUCACGCCCGCCGAGGACGAAGACUCUAAACACAAAGACAAAGCCUGGAUCGAUGAUAGGACCGAAGAACAACUCGAAGAUCUCGAGGACGAUCCCGAUCUCGACGACGAUCGCUUCCUUCAGGAGUACAGGAAGAAGAGGUUGGGAGAAUUGAGACAAGCAGCUAAGGUUCAGAGGUAUGGAUCAGUGGUUCCAAUUUCUGGAUCUGAUUUUGUACGCGAGGUUUCCCAGGCUCCACCAGAUGUUUGGGUCGUCGUCAUUUUGUACAAGGACGGAUACCCAGAAUGUGGGCUUCUUCUGCAAUGCUUGGAACAGCUGGCAACAAAAUACCCGGCAACGAAAUUUGUUAAAAUAAUAUCUACUGACUGCAUUCCUAACUAUCCGGAUUGUAAUCUUCCAACUCUUUUGGUGUACAAUAAUAGUGCUGUCAAGGCAAAUUAUGUGGGCUUGCAUAAUUUUGGGCGCAGAUGUACUCCUGAAGGUGUUGCCUUGGUUCUCUGCCAGUCUGAUCCUGUUCUCAAUGAUGGGCAAAGUGGAAGCGAACCAUCAUCAAGAGAAGCUGUCCUCAAAGGAGUUCGGCAGAGGCUCAUAGAGAAGGUUGUUAGAGAUCAUGAAGACGAUGAUGAUGAUAGAUCUUCUAGUGAUUAGGGUCCUAAGUCUUUAUUUCUAUCUCAUCCUUGUUCUUUUCAUUUUGUUUUCUCUUAUAGUGGAAAAAGUGUAGAUUUUGUGUUUUCUAGUAGUAGAGAUGCAGUCUGUAGACUGUAUUGCUGCUUCUGCAUCUUUAUUUGUAUUUUAACAUAUUAAAUUAAGAUAUGGUUUUAUGUGGUUAUGAACCCCGAACUUGAUGGGGCAAAGGGUUGGAGUUUUAAUGUAUUGUUACUCAAACUGCUUACCAAGUUUUCAUUUCAGAUCCAUUAGUUUUGUUCA